AUGGCUCCCUCAUUUUUGCAGCGCACUCACUUUCCACUCACUGUAGGGGAAGAAAUCGUCCCGGCCUCAACCGCAGAAGAAGCUGAUGUGGAUACUACAGAGACGACCAUGGCUUCAAACGACAACAACAACAUCAACUUCAACAACAACAACAACAACGAGUUAAACCUAGACGAAAUCUUAGAGCAGCUUGUCUGCCUACAAGUGCAGUUGAACCAUCACACUUUGAGUCAGGCUGCUCUAGAGGACUCCAAUCCUUAUCAGAACCCCAUGUGCAGUGGUGCCUCAACAGCAGAAGAAACAUUUUUUACGAUGAAAGAAUGCGAAAAUAACAUUAACUCUACCAGCAGCUGCAGCAACAACAACAAAAACAACAACAUCAGCAUCAUCAGCAACAACAACAACAAUAUACAUAAUUCUAUGAACAUAUCUGAAAUUAGUUCGAUAUUAAACAAAGCUCUCUCCGAACUGGACAACUUAGUUCAGUCUCAAACCAUCUUGCCUGCAAACGAAGAACUAAAAAAUAUGAAAAGCCAAAAAGAACAAUGUGAUGGACGGCACGAAAAUGAUUCGAACUUUAGUUCAAUCCCCACGCAUAUGAACAACAUCGGACGAGUUGAUGCUUUGAAGGCAUUCUACACGCGGCUCGAAACAUGCAUGGAGUUAUUUCAAAACAACACAAACAACAGCGUCACAUCCAGCAACAACAACAUAAACAGUGACAUUAAAGCAAACAACAACACGAACAACAUCAGCAACAACAAUAACAUGUUCAAAGAUUUCAAUAUGGACGCCAUCAGCCAGCCUUACUUACAACUGAUGAAACAUCUUCAAGUGCUCACAUCAGACGACAACAACAUCUACAACAACAACAACAAUAAUAACAACAACAACAAUAAUAAUAAUAACAACAAAAACAACAGCAAUGAUCACAGCAACGACAACGAU